AUGGUGUGGUAUUUACGUAAAAGAUUAAAAAAUAAACACGUUGUUUGAAUUCUCUCGUUUAUUUAAAAACCAUCUUAAAUGAUGUCUAUGUUACAUUCGAAUGUUGAGCCCUCAUGCCAGUGGGGAACCAACGCUGAAUUCAUCAAUGACCCCUUAGCAGUGAUAUAUUACGAGGAUCAGUGGACGUUGAGUAAAGUUUCUCCUUUAAACAGCUUACAAUACAACAGAGUGAAGCUAAAACAAUAUGCGUCCAAAAUUCGACUAGCAUUGGUCAGUAGCGUGUCUGUGAAGUCUUCUGUUAAUUAUGCGGUGCAGUUUGACCAGCAGUCUCUAUUGAAGUAUUGUGAUGAUGAUGCUGAUGCUUUAAAGAUAAAUGUUUCAACAACAACAAAUGGUAGUAAGACAAAGAUGGCAUAUACAGGAAUUUUGAUGUCCUGGGGAGUCAGCAGUGGCCCCGAAGGCACUGUUCACUUGCCCUAUAUGCUAGAGCGGGGAGAGAAAAAAAUUGCAGAGGUUGUUAAAAUCUGCUUACAAAAGAUAUUUGACUGUAAUAUAAAACCAUUCAGUUUUACACAGUAUCAAUUGCUGAUGUUUGGCUUCAGUUUUGUGGAGUGUGCAUCAGCAAGGGGCACUGACCCUUUUGUCCUGUCCUACACCACGCCUGGGGCAGUUGACAUUAAGAAUAAGCUUGACAUGCGGUUUGAAGUCAGUGACGUACACUGUAUGUGGAAUGCAUUAAAAGAUGAGGUGGACAACAUGCCAGAACUCAUAAGCCAAGUAUACCAGAUUCUGCUAAAACAUAUAAUACAUACAAUACAGUAUGACAUAUCUUUCUUGGAUAUCUUCAAAAUCACACUGCUUAAAGCAGAGGUCAAAAGCAAUGGUAUUGUUAAAAUGAAAUCACCUGAAGUGGUGAACUCUGUUUUUCAUGUGUUGAAUGAGAUCAUUUGCAAUGAGACUCCGUUACCAUUAGACAGUUGA